AUGAACACUAUCCGACAAGCUCAAGCGGACGAUAAGGCGUCCCACGCUGCUAUCCUAGAAAAAUCCCCACACCAGGUUGCAUGGGAUCCCCCCCCCCCCCAGGGAUGGGUAUGCGUCAACACUGGCGGAUCUGUCAAACAACCUGGUUCGAUAGCAGCAGGUGGUGGGGUCAUCUGGGACUGGACGGGAAAGUGCAAGGGAGCUUUCGUUGUGAACCUGGGGCGGUGUACGAUCACUAGAGCAGAGAUUAUGGCGGCCAUCAGAGGGCUGCAGAUAGCUUGGAGGGCUGGCUUCCGUAAAGUCCACCUCCAACUGGACUCCAUGACAACGAUUACCAUUCUUACAUCCCCGGGACCAAACGAAGCAUCGAUAUCACAACUUGAUUCAAAAAUUCAAAAGACUUCUACAACAUAA